GCGAUCGCGCGAGCAACGUCUAGAGCGGAGCAGAGACAACCCUCUAUGGCGCCGACGAAGCGAAAGGCCGUGUCGCUUGAGACAAAGUCGAAUAUUUUGCAGGAUUUGCGACGCGGUUUUAAAGUGAGCGCCCUCGUAAAAAAAUACGAGCUCGCCCAGUCGACGAUCUCGACCAUCCUCAAAACCGGAAGCACCGCGCUUUUGAAGGCUGGAACCAGUGGCCAUGCCGACGAGCGGAAGAGAGUUCAGGGGCCCUUGUAUGCAGACGUCGAAGAGGCACUCUACCAGUGGUUCUUGUCGAUCCGUGCCCAAAAUGUGCCGAUUAGUGGGCCAAUACUUGCCACAAAGGUGAAAAACUUGGCCUUUCUGCUUGGUCGGCCGAAUUUCGAACCCGGCGACGGCUGGAUACAAAGAUUUAAAGAGCGGCACGGCAUUGUGUACAAGAACGUGGUGGGAGAAGCGGCCUCUCUCGAUUCAGAGGCGAAGCGGCAGUGGCUCCAGACCAACCUGCCCGUAUUGAUGGAGCGCUUCUCAGCCAGAGACAUUUACAACUGUGAUGAGACUGCCCUUUUCUUUCAAAUGACACCAUCGAAGACGCAUGCUUUGAAGGGCGAUCCGUGUCCCGGCGGUAAGCACUCCAAGGUUAGGGUAACCGUAUUACUUUGCGUGAAUAUGGACGGGAGAUAUCGGCUCAAGCCCUUCGACUUCCUGACGGCAGACAGUGCUGCUUCGUUCUGCGAUGAACUCACCAACGAGGCAAUCGUCGCGGAUGUGUUGUCGCGACAGGCGGCGGCGUUGUGCGACGGCAGCGACAGUAGUGAUGAGGAGGUUGACAGCGCCUCUACGACCCCGUCGAUGACGACGCAAGGUGCACUGAUGUCUAUCGACUCCCUGAUUGACUUUAUGCGCAUCAAAGGAAUGCCGCCAGAGUUUUCGCAGCACCUGGAAGCUAUGCGCACCGCGGUUGUGAAGCUGAAGCUUCCGCGGAAGCAACUGCAGAUUUCGGACUACUUCGGCGUGCCGAACCCGUGA